CGUACGGAGCUAUAUUUGUUCGGACCAUUAUAACGGAAGUUGCGUGCUUUUUCUCGAGGUCAAGUACUCAUCUGUCAGUAAAUUUCACUAACAUGGCAAAAAAGAAGAGGCUGCGUCUUAUAGCAGAAAUGGCUCGGAAGGUCCGGGCGUACAGAGAGCUGAAGUCACGGCCGCGGGAGUCCCAGAAGUACGCCUUGGACUACGAGACGAUGAAGCGGCCUCUCACCGGGAAGAUGCUCCCCGUGCUGGCCUGGCAGGAUGUCCGCAGGGAGAGUCGCCUUUUCUCUCUAAUGGCUGGUAUGAGGUUGUUCGGAGUGGGCCGAAUGUUCACCCGCAAGUCCUGGCUGGAGGAGCACUCAGAGCCCAGCUACUGGCACAUCACCAAGGCCAAAGUGGACUACACAGCAGAGAAUAUGGAUCAUGGCAAAGCCUGGGGCAUCCUCACGUAUAAAGGAAAACCAGAGCCUGAGGUAAAAGAGGUGGACAAGGUUAUGUACCAUGAUUGGCGAUUGAUUCCCAAAUACAUGGAGCAGCAGUUUAAGGACUUCGAGCCACUCCCAGAGCCUCCAGUGCGUUAUGUUCCUUAUCCUCCGCUACUUCGUGCAAUGAUUUUAGCAAAGCAACGCAAAGCAGGUGGCAGCAUAAAGGUGGAAGAGCCAGCUCUGCCUUUAUCCAGGGAUGUGCAUCUCAACAAAGACUAUUUCCGCAGACAGGAACAGGAGCGGCAGCAGAAAGAGGGGACGGCGGUAUGAAGUAAAACGUGAAUCUCUGAAUCCGGAUAUGGCUCAUCUCUGUUUUAUCUUGGACUUUAAUGAGUUCUCUGGUCAUCUGAUACAGGCCUAUAUGUGUUUGUGUAUAUCUGAGUGACAUGCUGAAUAUUAAAGAUGAGAUCAAACAUG